UGCCACAGAAGCCGCCGCCGCCUCUUCCUCCUCCUCCUCCUCCUCCGGCCGCCGCCUCCGCUGCUGCUGUGCCUCCUGUCCCCUCUCGUUCUCCUUCCUCUCCCAGUUCCUGCCCCUCCUCCCCUCCCUUGGCGCCUGCUGCCCGGCGGCGAAGGGCCGAACCCUCAGCCGCGGCUCCUCUUCGCUCGGGCCAGUAAGAGGCUGGAACAGCCCAGUACUCCAGCCCAUCUGAGCUCAUUUUGAAUCUCAAUUUUGUUCUUCAACAUAUUUGAUAUCCCUGCCAGCUUUGGGUCAUCUUCAGACUUGUUUCCCCCAAGAAAGAGCAGCUGAGUCCUUGCAUCUUGUGGCAGCUGGUGUGCCCAGCACUGAGCCCAUCGGAGCUGAAGGCAGCCCGGCCCCUUCUCAUGGGCAGCACCAACCUGUGCUGAGGUCCUGCAGCAGUGGCUGUGUGAGGAUUCCAAUGGCAUUACCAGCUCACGCUGAGGACCUUCUGUGGGCCGCACAUAGUACAAGGCCCAGAGGGAAAUUCAAAUGGGCGAGAGGCACAGACUCUGCCCCUGAGGAGCUGUGCAAUCAGUUGUAACUGAAAAUGUCUGACGGUCUGGAUAAUGAAGAGAAGCCCCCAGCUCCCCCACUGAGGAUGAAUAGUAACAACCGGGAUUCCUCGGCACUCAACCACAGCUCCAAACCACUUCCCAUGGCCCCUGAAGAGAAGAAUAAGAAAGCCAGGCUUCGCUCUAUCUUCCCAGGAGGAGGGGAUAAAACCAAUAAGAAGAAAGAGAAAGAACGCCCAGAGAUCUCUCUUCCUUCAGACUUUGAACAUACGAUUCAUGUGGGGUUUGAUGCAGUCACCGGGGAAUUCACUGGAAUUCCUGAGCAAUGGGCACGAUUACUGCAAACCUCCAACAUAACAAAGCUGGAACAGAAGAAGAACCCCCAAGCUGUUCUAGAUGUUCUCAAAUUCUAUGAUUCCAAAGAAACAGUCAACAACCAGAAGUACAUGAGCUUUACGUCAGGAGAUAAAAGCGCACAUGGAUACAUAGCAGCCCAUCCUUCGAGUACAAAAACAGCAUCAGAGCCUCCUUUGGCUCCCCCUGUGUCUGAAGAAGAAGAUGAAGAAGAGGAAGAAGAAGAAGAUGACAAUGAGCCGCCACCAGUCAUUGCACCAAGACCAGAGCAUACAAAAUCAAUCUACACUCGUUCGGUGGUUGAAUCCAUUGCUUCACCAGCAGCACCAAAUAAAGAGGUCACACCACCUUCUGCUGAGAACGCCAAUUCCAGUACUUUGUAUAGAAACACAGAUCGGCAAAGGAAAAAAUCCAAGAUGACAGAUGAGGAGAUCCUAGAGAAGCUAAGAAGCAUUGUGAGUGUUGGUGACCCAAAGAAAAAAUACACAAGAUUUGAAAAAAUAGGUCAAGGGGCAUCAGGUACUGUUUAUACAGCGCUAGACAUUGCCACCGGACAAGAGGUGGCCAUAAAGCAGAUGAACCUUCAACAGCAACCCAAAAAGGAAUUAAUUAUUAAUGAAAUUCUGGUCAUGAGGGAAAAUAAGAACCCCAAUAUUGUUAAUUAUUUAGAUAGCUACUUAGUGGGUGAUGAACUAUGGGUAGUCAUGGAAUACUUGGCUGGUGGCUCUUUGACUGAUGUGGUCACAGAGACCUGUAUGGAUGAAGGGCAGAUAGCAGCCGUCUGCAGAGAGUGCCUCCAAGCUUUGGAUUUCUUGCACUCAAACCAAGUGAUCCACAGAGACAUAAAGAGUGACAAUAUUCUCCUUGGGAUGGAUGGCUCUGUUAAAUUGACUGAUUUUGGGUUCUGUGCCCAGAUCACCCCUGAGCAAAGUAAACGAAGCACUAUGGUGGGAACUCCCUAUUGGAUGGCACCUGAGGUGGUGACUCGAAAAGCUUAUGGUCCAAAAGUUGAUAUCUGGUCUCUGGGGAUUAUGGCGAUUGAAAUGGUAGAAGGUGAACCCCCUUACCUUAAUGAAAAUCCACUCAGGGCAUUAUAUCUGAUAGCCACUAAUGGAACCCCAGAGCUCCAGAAUCCUGAGAGACUGUCUGCUGUGUUCCGUGACUUUUUAAAUCGCUGUCUUGAGAUGGAUGUGGAUAGGCGAGGAUCUGCCAAGGAGCUUUUACAGCAUCCAUUUUUAAAAUUAGCCAAGCCUCUCUCCAGCCUGACUCCUCUGAUUAUCGCUGCAAAGGAAGCAAUUAAGAACAGCAGCCGCUAGGACUGCAAGCCUUACCCCACACCAUCUCCCUCAUGAGUAAGACUGAAAUAAAACUCCACUGCAGGAAAGAUGGAAGAAAAGACAGUCGAAUGGGGUGGGGAUUCUUUAACUUUCAAAUGAAUAGAAACUUCUUAUAAGCCUUUUUCCUACUCCCUCAGAUUAUGUAAUUUAUUUGUAAGCCUGAAUCGCAGCCCAAACAGGGCAGCAAUGUCGAAGUGGCCAUAAAGUGGUCACUUCUACCGUGAAGCGAAAGAGCCAGUAGUGAAUCCCCUCAUUUUGUGCAUUCACUUUGAAGAAAAAAGAUUUCUCAAAGAUGCACACACUCCCUCUUCAUAGUGUUGUGUUUGUUUUUAAGUUAGAGAGUAGUCCCUCUUGCAUUCGAACCUCCUUCAAAACUCCUUACCCAAUGUGAUGUUUUUCACUUGCAUUGUCAUUAGAUGUCCAGAAAAAAAAAAAAAGAUGUCAAAACGUUUUUUUUUUUUUAAAAAAAAGAAAGUAAAAAACAAAAACAAACAACAAAAAAAACAAAAACAAGACAACAAAAAAAAUAACCCAGAGCAAGUACUGUGUGAACAUGUGGAAGUCCAUGCCCUAAUAGAGUUGAAAUUUUUUAUUCUUCUUCUAUAGUGGUGGCUCGGUUUGUGUACCUGUUUUUCUGCAUUUGUAUUGGAAAAGGUUUCUUUUACGACAUUUUCCAAAAGCAGAGAGGAAUAUGUGUGUUCAGGAAGGGCUUUUAAAAACUCUAUGUCUACAUAAAGUUCAAAUGGUGAAAUCUUAUCACAUUUUCAUGAUGAUGCUUAAGAGGUAGUUGAUUUAUCAUUUGUAUAAACCAGCUCGUUCAUCUUCAUGAUACCUGAAAAAAGACACACCAAAACUACGGCACUCCAGUUGGGUGAGUCCAGGUCUUAAACCUAGGAAAUCCUGAUAGGAGAAACCAUACUUAAACAAAGACGGGACUUUCUCCAAGAGCCAAAAGGAAGAUAAUAUAAGCAUGCAAUACUGAAAUCCUUGUUGGACAGUAAACAAAGAUAACAAUACCUAAUUUAAUCCUGUCUUGUCCUUGUGGCAUGUAGGUAACUGUAAAAUAGGCACAACAGGAGGAAACAGACCCAUUAACCAACAUUUGCUGCUGGUAAAAAUUAUUUAUCUUGACAAUUUAUAACGUUAAAAUUUUUUUUAAAGAUCUGGAGAACAGAAAUAUUGUAAGCACUCAACUCUGUAAGAAAUGGGAGGUCAGUGAAAACUACAUCCCAGUCAACAUUAGGCUCUAAGUACUUGUUGCCAUUUUCCCUAUGUAUCACCAAUUUCUGUUUCUGGAUGUGGUGUGUUCAUACUUAGCCCUUUGGGCUUUUGAAUUUUAAAAACAUGUUUGUAAAGAUCUUGGAGUUCUCCAGUGAAAAGCAUUUGGGUUUGCAAUCAUAUGCCCCAAGAAAUAUCAGUCCAACUGAAUUCCUUUUGUGGCUUGGGGGAAAUAGGAAAAUUUGACUAGUAUUUCACCGUGUAUCAAUUUAUUAGAAAUUCAACAGUUGCCACUUCCUGAAUCUUCUGAGCAUAGAAAAACAUCUGGAGGGUGUCUGCGUAGAAAAGGAUAUGCUUCUCUUUCGAGUGUAUUGUCAAUUUUAUAAAUUCUGCAUAGUUGUUUCUCUAAGCCUUUGAAAAGCUAGCAGUUUGUGCAGAAGAAGGCUUCUUGAUUUGUAGUAUGUCAAGAAUCUGACUAGAACCUAUCUACACCCAGCAAGAGCGGGAAAGAGAUCAAUGCCAUGGGCCUCUCUCCUUCUCUGCCUAGGCACAUCCGUCGAUAUAAUCAUCUAUCCAUUCCUUAAAAUGAAAGCACUUUCUUUAGAGAGUUUCUGCUAACCAUAUAGUGCACGUGUUUAUGUUUAGGAGAUGACACCACUGGUGGAUUUCCUAUUGUCUUCUUUGACUAUGAAAUUUGGGAGGGGCUUGACCCCCCCCACCCCGAAAAUGUCCACAGUGGGAUAAAACAACAAACAUGAAAAGAUCAAAUGGUAAUAUUAAUUUGAAGCAUACUAUGUUAUACUUCACAAAAACGUGGCUGGGCCUGAAAUUUUUAAUGCCACACUGUUUUAAUGAGAGAGAGAGAGAGAGAGAGAGAGAGAGAGAAGCCUUAAUUUUGAUUUCAUUUAAAAGUAAGUAUUUUUUUAAUUUUUCAUUCAUAGUGCCAGGGAAUUCAGUGAACUAAUACCUGGGAUGCAAAUAGAAUUCAGUACAUUGAUAACUGUACCCUGCCAGGGGAGAGAGCCCCAAACCUGGUUGGGAAGCCCCAGUUAUCUCUUAGCAUCCCUUAUAUGUCAUGAAGGCCUUUUUUUGGUGGGGGGAGACCUGGAGCAGUGAUCCUUCAGGUUACUGUAGGCAGAGAAAUGGCUGCUCUUUUAUGCUUUCAAUUCAACGUAUUAGCAACAAGGAGCCUGGUACUACUUCACCACCGCCCGUUAUACCAAGAUUUUAUGAUAAUAUAUCCCAGUAGGCUUUACUCUUACAAACUUAUAUCUAUGUAAAUUUUUAAAUGAGAACAGCUUCUAAAGACCCUUCCCCGUGUUGGAGAGUUACGUAUAUUUCUAGUAAGUAUUAGAAAGAAGCUGCUUCUCCUGCCAAAAUGAUGCUGAAGGAUUCACAUUUGGUACACGUGACCAAGUUGGACUCCAGAUGGUUAAUAGUUUAUUCCCUUUCCCUGGAUUUUUUUUUUUAGCUCAUCUUGACACAGGUGAGUCUAUCCAGAUCUUUGAAGUCGCUCGUGUGCCCUGAGAUAAUAAGGGCACAUCUUCGAAUGUUGAUUCCAAAAUGUCCUGAGAUAGGGAUAGGGCAGUGGGAAAGUCAGGGAAGGGUGAGAAGCACAGUAGAGACUAUUUAUUUAAGAAAGAAAAGAACAUUAAUGUUGUAGCAAGGAUCCGGUACGUUGUCAUAAUCCCCUCAAAUCAGUCACCAUGUUGGGUAAUGACUUCGUUCUUGCUGAUCUCGUCUGUGUGUCGUUGUAAAUAUUUGUGUGUCUGUGUUCCAUUUUGGCUACUGGAUGGCCAAGUCAUGUAAGAAGAUUUAACUCAAGUAUUUAUUCUUUAAUUGUGUUAUUCAGAUUUCUUUCAGGCUUGUGGACUGCACCCCAAUGUUUGAGUUUAACCACCUGAUCCCCACAUCUUUCCCUCCCCUUUGAAGCACAUUCCAUUGCUAAAAGAAAAAGAAUUAUGAAAUUGCUUCCUGUCGUCUGUAUAACUGUUUUGAUAGUUUGAGAUGUUUGUCUAUAAAGGAUAUUUCUCAGCUCAAAGAUCGUGUAAAUAAUUAUAUUCCUUUGCUCAGUGGGUUGUUUAUUUCUAAUGAGGCUGCCAGUUCUGAGAGAAUCGAUAAGAUCACCUUUAAAUAACAUAAACAGGGAGGACAACCAUGUAAAAAUAAGUGUGCAUAUGGGCAAAGACUGGGAACACAGACAAUUGAAAUCAGUUGUGUUAGGGUGGCGGGAUUAUGUGGAAUUUUUUUUUCUUUUUAAAAUUUUCUUUGAUAUUGUUCUAAUAUUGCUUUAUAAUAAACCUCAGAAAGGGAACUAUAGAAACAUAGAAAAGACGCCAGAAGCAGAUGCCUUCUGGCCAGAGCCCAGAGCAUGCAGGGCACAGAUAUUUGCUAGUUACAAUUAUUCCAUAGGCUUUAUAUUUGCCUGGGUGCUGAGGUUGGCACACGCUUGGGUAUGGCACGUGCUUUCUUAGGGGACUAUUAUCUACGAGUUAAAGCUAGGGAGAUGUCACUAUUAGUACUCCAAAUGCAUCCUUUCUGCUUUCAAACUGGCUGCCCCCCUCCACUUUAGUAUGGCCUUGAGGUUUCUGUUUUGGUUACUUUAGAUUGGAGGGGUGACCUUUGAUCAGCCCCCUUGAUAACAUCUGUUUCAAGUAUCGCGUUUCUGGAUCACUUUAGCAGAUUUUCAGGUUGAAUCUUGGAAGAACAGAAGGGUACAAUCCCCAGCUCCCACCAUUUCCUUUUCCAACAGGAUACGCUAUCAUUCAGGUAGGAUUUUCUCUUAAUGAACAGUAGGCAAGUCCCGUUGAUUUCAGUAGAAGUUAUGACUUACACUUAAAAGCUGACUGAAAACAUUAAGACAAAUAUUUAGAACUGCCCUUGCCUGCUGGCAUUCAGUCAUACUCCUUUUAGCUUUGGUCUGAGAUGGCGGCCUCUAUGUACUUUCUGUCCGGCCUGAUUAUAGGUUGUAUGCAGUAACUACUGUCAUUUUUAAACAGAAAAGGGGAGACUAUCUACCCAAAGAGAGGAAUUUCCUUCUAACUCACCAAAGAAAUUGUAGGUGAGGACUUUUAUAAUGCGGUAGUGAGUGGCCUCAGGUGUUAGUUUCACGAAGUGCGGACCUUAUACCUAGAGAACCCACAGGCUUUUCUUUGGCCAUUCUCAACAUAUAAUCUAUUUAUGAGAGUCUUAACCCUGCCCUGCCCCAUUUAAUCUCAUGGUCCUUUUCUUAGCUACUUGCAGUUAAUAUUCGGUUAAACAAAGGCACGGCCAGUGAUGCAAGCUACUCCCAGUCUCUGACCAAGAGGACUGAAAUUCAGCAUUUGCAAAUUGACAGUCUAACAGACCCGGGAUUUUGAGUGAACUUAACACACAAUUCUGAACAUGUAUGUGCAUGUGGAUUGGGAAGGAAAUAAAUGGGACCUUGGAAAUAAUGGGACUAUUUUUCCUAAGAAAGAACUUUUCAUCAAAAAUGUGUUUCUGAUAGAAUCUUUCUGUUGGUCAGCUUUAAUUUUUUUCCACUCCUUUUCUGAGCCCACACUCCUUUAGUAACCAAAUGAAUAUAACCCGACUCCUCAUUCAUCGGGGAUGUCUGUUUAAUAUUAAACAAUAUCUAACCGACUCUGCAAAUGCGGGAACUGAGAUAAUCACUUCCAUGUGCACACUUCUGUGUUCAAGUAGACAAUAAUAACAACAAGGAGCAUUUACUGCCACAUAAUACAGUCACACUUGCAAUAUAAACUUAUAGAAGCCAGUUAGUGCCCUCAGAGUCUCCUUUGGAAGCUGCCAUCAGGCGACUGCUAUCCCAUAAUACCAUAGAAGGCAGGUACCGUGUUCACCUGAUUUAGGACCUACAAGGAAAUCAACAGCAAUUAGAGAAAAUCAGUCAGGUGUAGUGGAAGAAGUACUAGCCUAGAAGUAAGGAUACCUGGAUUCUAAUAAAGGCUCUAUUCCUAACUUACGAUGUGACCUUGGGCAAGUCACUUAACCAUGUUAUGGCUGUUUCCUUAUUUAUAAAAUAAGGGUAUUGGACUAGAUCUCCAAGGCUUUCCAUAAGCUACAACAUCCUGUGGUACUGUAGAUUGCCUUGCUAAUUCAUCCUGCUAAAGUGAUGGCAAAUACCACAUGCUUCAGCCUGGGUCUCUUAUGUUGCAGUUAAACAAUAGAACUAUGUAAGAUGAUGCCCAAACAACAAAGAAACAAAAAACCCUCGAACAAACAAAGCGAAUAAUACUAGGGAAUGUUGAUAAAACUUGUGGCAGCCUUCCAAUUCCUUCACAGUUGUUUUGUUUUUGUUCUAAUGUUCCUUUACUGUUGCGUGUUCCCAGUUUUCAUUUUCCAUACACUCUGUAUGUAAAGUCUGGUUUUCAUUAAGCUGUGGCCAGUAUUUGCUACUAGAACAGAAAUACACUGUCACACUUGCUAGAAUAGAACUAUACUUGGGCCUCUUCUUUCCUUCGAAGUGGUGUUGGGCUUUAUAGUUUACUUCAUAAAUGGCACAAGAUGUCAGAACCCGUGCAUUUUAAUGGCUGGGACUACUGAGUGGGCCUAAGCAUUUGCAGGUUGCAGAGAGAAAAAGGCAAAAGUGAUUACAUGCUAUUAGCAUUAAGGAGUGUUGACAAAUCCACUUGUUGGGAACCAAAGAUAGCAUUUCUGGUGACAACUCCCACAGGGAUUGGCCAGUUGAAUGAGUUUGCUACUGGAAAGAGGAUAAACUGGUAGUGGACAGUCCCAAUGCCUUGCCCACAGCAGUGCCAACCAGCCCUGAGCGUGAAAUUCAAGUUGGGUGUGUGUGCUUGUGCGUGGUGUGCUUUAUGGACCCGCAUAUACUAUAUUCAUUAGUGAUGAUAAGACCUUUCACAGAAUUCUGUAACCAUUGGUGGGUUGAGUUUUAAAUCUCAGUACAUCAGCAAGGAAGAGACAGAUCACAGGGUAGUGAUGCUAUACUGGGAUUAUACUCAUAAUAUCCAGACAAAACAAGUUAAGGAGGAUCUACAUUUUCAUUGUUUAUCAGAAUUGUUUCUCAUUUGGCUGUGCUUUACUUUUGUUAAAAUGUGUUAUCUGUAAACCCAUGUGUAGUGAACUUCUUAUGUAACUUUGGAUUAAAGGUAUUUAUGGUCUUUCUGUUUGUUUGACUUUUAAGUAAGUUAUUUCUUUUGUAAACCUGCUGAUGGUAUGGUUCCAUCCUUCUGACCUCAGCAUCCGAUCUUUUUAAGGACUUUUGUUUCCAAUAUUGUUAUUUUAAAUUGUGGUUGAAGCAAUAGAAAAUUGAAAUAUGGAUUGUGCAUGACUGUGUCUUGAGUGUAAAAAUAUUGCAGUU